UAUUAUUAAGUUAAUAAAAGAACAAGAGCAGAACCUCGGCUCGCAUUUUUGAUAUUGUUGUCCCAUUCGAUCGGAUUUGGACAACGAACCGGACAACGGCAUUGCAAGCAAGGCCAAUCUUCUAACGGUACAUCAGUAACGCUUGGAUUUUUGGUUCCCACACGCAGGUCGGCUUUAUUCACAGUUACUACGAAUUUGACGGUGGUACUGGUAUUUGUCAAAGAUAGUUUCAGAUGACAGGAGGCAACAAGGGGAAUGAUUCAAUCCUUGCAAGGAUUGGGAAGAGGUGGUGCAGAAAUAUCCUCGUUAGUCUGUCUGGUCGCGCAAUGACUCCAUUGGUUCUUCCGCCGUUUUCACGCUUCAAUACUUGCAACUUGGAGCCAGCGUGACAUUUUGUGCUCUACAUCAGGAUGUCUCAUGUCUUUGCUUAUUUUCUUCUUGUCAUCCUUGUUAGCCUCCACAGUGCAAAGCCAUUAGGCAUUGAUGGGAAACCGAGAAAGUGGAUAAUCCCGGAAAAGGUGCCGUUUGGUGACAUUUCGCGGCUGUUACUCGACGCCGAUGAAGAUGACCAUGAGGUAGAGGGAAAAGAUUCACCAGCAACAGCCAAAGACAACAAAGUCGUGGUUGCAACGAGAGCUGUAGGACUCAACUUUGCCGACAUUUUUACAGUGCUCGGGUAUUACAAUGCGGCCAAUCUAGUAAGAGGCAACAAAGAACAACGAGCCUUUUGUCCAGGUCUGGAGUUUGCAGGUGUUGUCACGAACAACUGCGACGAUUUUUCACAGGGCGAUCGUGUCUUUGGGUUCACACGCUUUGAUGCGUACGCGGAUCAAGUAAUGGCUUCUCCUCGAGUGCUACGAAAGCUACCCAACGAGUGGACGUUUGCUCAAGGUGCUGCUUUUCUAGUCAAUGCCCUGACAGCCUGGCAUGGCCUCGUCACUGUGGCUGGUAUGCCCCAGAAGGGGAAUAAGAGCGACAAAGAGCAUCCAAUGGUAGUCGUUGUACACUCAGCUGUGGGUGGUGUCGGCUUAUACGCUUGUGAAAUCGCGGCAAGGCGAGGUGCUCUUGUGGUUGGUGUUGCUGGGAGCUGGCAUAAACUGGCAACAUUUCGAGACCGCAUCCAGCCUCUUUGUCCCGAAGCCCAGUGCAUUGUUCGCAGCCCUGAUGCCAAUCAAUUCGCAAAGGACCUACUGAAUGCCAUUGUCAAAGUCAGGUCCACGAGGCUGGGUGUUUUGGACCCUCCAUUACCCAUUGAAACAGCAGAGGAUGCUGUUGCUGUCAACUGGGGUGCAGACUAUGUGAUGGAGUCCUAUGGCGGCAAAUACUUCCAACCCUCUCUGGACCUUAUCAAUGCUGGUGGCUCCUUGGCGACGUACGGAUCAACUACCUACAACGGAAAGGCUGGUGGCAACAGACUGUCAUUCCUACCUUUGGCAUGGCAAUUUCUCAACCGGCCUAAGGUGGAUCCGGGGGAACUAACUUCACGCAACAUUCGGGUCGGCGGCUUCAAUCUAAUCUUUUUGACUGAAAGGACAGAGCGGUUGUCGGAGGGCUUGUCCCAAUGCAUCGAUUGCUUGGAAGGAGGGGCUGCAGACGGAUCGCUUGCUUCAGCCACGCCUCCCGUGCUGGGAGGGGUUUUCCCGUUUGAGCAAGCUCCCGACGCCCUCCGAGCUCUUCGUUCUGGCCAAACGGUUGGAAAGGUUGUUCUUUCUAACGACAGCAAUCCAUUGCUUCGAGAAAAAGUGUGACCACCGCAAGGGGCUAUUGUUGUCUUGCUGUUGUUGUCUUUGCCCUUCCUAUGAUGGAACUACACCCAGCCAAAGCCACGUUGCCACGUUGAUCUCGCUUCACGCGAAGACUGCUAUAUGGUCCAUGGUCGCUGUUAUGCCACUCCAGGUACCACAGCAUGAAACUUCAGGUAGAACGAGCAAACUCUCCAUCUUCGGAUGACUCAAAGGAACGUUUGUCUCAAGAGCCAUGUGAAAGAAUAGGCCGCUAUGUUUCUAACAAAUAUUCUUUUAUUGACAUCUUUUUAAGUUCUAUUCUUGUUGUAUACUCUAGUCUUUCGUUUCUCCCCCGUUUGUACUUUGAUUGGGAAAUGGGAUCAAGUUUCUUUCCCAGUGGCGCUGCAGUUCUUUUAUGGUCGGAGGCAGGUGGAAUGGUGGCGCAAUUAAAGCAGCAUCAUGGCCUGCUCCACAGGGAUCUUGCGGCUUGAAGACCCAGCGGCCAUCAGCAAAUCGUUCAUUUCUGAUUCUGAAAGAGAGGCAUCAGAGCGUCCAAUGUUGGAGAGGAUAAGAUUGAAGUUGUCCACGGCCACCAGAUGGUCAGGACCUUCGAUAAUUUUCACCAUCUCUUUGCGAAAUCGAGAUGGCAGUUCACGAGAGAAGUGCUCCUGCCUGUAUUGUUCAAAAAUUUGCUGGAGCUUGAGCGCGGGUGCACACUCCGAUGAAAAGUAGGCCUUGGCAGCAGUUUGUUUCGCGAGAGCAGCAGUCUUGGGGAUAGUGCGAAGAAUCGAUGAAGUUCCAAUCAUGGUGUUGAAGUUCAGUGGUGGCAAGACAAGAGGAACUAAGUUGUGGCUUCAGGGAACUAAAUUUGGCUACCUUUGGCUCUGCUUUGAGAUUGUGAGCUUUCGAGUUGAAAGAUUUCGCAAAAUUGUGAGCGAAAACAACAAGAAUACUCCGUUUUUGCUUGGAGUCUUCAGUCUUCACAGAGAGGACCGAAAAUUGCUGUCACCGGUCGUGUUCUGUGUUUCAACUC